AAACUGAGUUUGCCAUUUAUGGACAGGGAUAACCCGAGCUGGUGCAUUGGAUCUUGUUGUAAAUCGCAUGAUUGAACAAGAGGAGGGAAGAGCAGCGGCAGCAGUCGGAGCUGUGUAACUUCAGCAUCCCACUGGGACAAGAGACUAGAAGGCAACGCAGACUGAUCCUCCUCCAGGAACUGAAAGUGACUCCACGUCUGCCACUGAGAUACACACCCAACUUCUUCCUCUGCAAAGUGCACCUGGAUGGGGACAUCGGCCGCUGCACUGUACCUCAUGUGACAUGCCUUUAUGCAAACCACCGAGCAGGAUACACAUAGGCAGAAGAAACACAUCUAAUCACUCGUGGGCUUAGUUGUUCCCUGCGCUGACACAAUGGGUAGUAAAGGGCAUUACAGAUACCAUUGGCAAAGCCACAAUGUGAAGCACAGUGGAGUGGAUGAUAUGGUUCUACUGUCUAAAAUCUCAGAGGAUUGUAUAGUGGAAAACCUGAAGAAACGAUAUAUGGAUGAUUUCAUCUUUACAUACAUUGGACCAGUACUGAUCUCCGUGAAUCCAUUCAAACAGAUGCCGUAUUUUGGAGACAAGGAGAUAGAAAUGUACCAAGGAGCUGCUCAGUAUGAAAAUCCUCCACACAUCUAUGCAUUAGCUGACAAUAUGUACAGGAAUAUGAUUAUUGACAGGGAAAACCAGUGUGUCAUUAUAAGUGGGGAAAGUGGAGCAGGUAAAACAGUGGCUGCCAAAUACAUCAUGGGAUAUAUCUCAAAGGUUUCAGGAGGAGGCCCAAAAGUUCAGCAUGUGAAAGAUAUAAUCCUGCAGUCCAACCCUUUACUAGAGGCCUUUGGGAAUGCAAAAACAGUGAGGAAUAACAACUCAAGCCGUUUUGGGAAAUAUUUUGAAAUCCAGUUCAGCCCAGGUGGAGAGCCAGAUGGGGGAAAGAUCUCAAACUUUCUGCUGGAAAAAUCCAGAGUAGUGAUGAGAAACCCAGGGGAGCGAAGCUUUCACAUUUUUUACCAGUUAAUUGAAGGUGCUUCCAAAGAACAAAAGAAUAGCCUUGGAAUCACAAGCAUAGAUUACUAUAACUACCUUAGCCAGUCUGGAUCUUACAAAGUAGAUGAUAUUAACGACAAGAGAGAUUUUCAGGAAACCCUGCAUGCAAUGAAUGUGAUUGGAAUUUUUGCAGAAGAACAAGCCAUGGUCCUGCAAAUAGUAGCAGGAGUUCUACACUUGGGAAACAUCAGCUUUAAAGAAAAAGGAAACUAUGCAGCUGUUGAAAGUGAAGAAUUUUUAGCUUUUCCCAGUUUUCUUUUGGGAAUAAAUAGUGAUCGCCUUAAGGACAAGCUAACCAGCAGGCAGAUGGAUAGCAAGUGGGGAGGUAAAUCCGAGUCUAUCGAUGUAACGCUGAAUGUGGAACAAGCUUGCUACACAAGGGAUGCUCUGGCCAAGGCACUCCAUUCUCGUGUGUUUGAUUACUUGGUGGAUUCAAUCAAUAAAGCUAUGGAGAAAGAUCCUGAAGAAUAUAACAUUGGGGUUUUGGAUAUCUAUGGCUUUGAAAUAUUUCAGAAAAAUGGUUUUGAGCAGUUUUGCAUCAACUUUGUGAAUGAGAAGCUGCAACAAAUAUUUAUAGAGCUCACCUUAAAAGCAGAACAGGAAGAAUAUGUUCAAGAAGGAAUCAGAUGGACACCUAUAGAAUAUUUCAAUAACAAAAUUGUAUGUGAUCUCAUCGAAAACAAAGUGAACCCUCCUGGUGUAAUGAGUAUUUUGGAUGAUGUAUGUGCCACAAUGCAUGCUGUGGGAGAAGGGGCAGAUCAGACCCUUCUUCAGAAGCUACAGAUGGCAGUAGGAACUCAUGAACAUUUUAAUAGCUGGAACCAGGGAUUUAUUAUACAUCAUUAUGCUGGAAAGGUAUCAUAUGAUAUGGAUGGGUUCUGUGAACGGAAUCGUGACGUGCUUUUCACUGACCUCAUUGAAUUAAUGCAGAGCAGCCAGUUGCCGUUCAUAAAAGCUUUAUUUUCCGAAAAUAUUCAUGCAGAAAAGAAAGGACGUCCUACUACCGCAAGCAGUAAAAUCAAGAAACAAGCAAAUGACCUUGUCAAGACGUUAAUGAAAUGUACACCUCACUACAUACGUUGCAUAAAACCCAAUGAAACAAAGAAAUCCAGAGACUGGGAGGAGAGUAGGGUCAAACAUCAAGUGGAGUAUCUGGGCUUGAAGGAAAACAUCCGAGUGCGGCGGGCAGGAUACGCCUACCGAAGGGUAUUCAAGAAAUUCUUGCAGAGGUAUGCCAUUCUAACCAAAGAAACAUGGCCAUUGUGGAGGGGCGAUGAGAAGCAGGGUGUCCUACACUUGCUGCAUUCAGUAAACAUGGACCCUGAUCAGUUCCAGCUUGGGAAAACAAAAGUUUUUAUUAAAGCACCUGAGUCGUUGUUUCUAUUGGAGGAGAUCAGGGAGAGGAAGUAUGAUGGGUACGCUCGCACCAUUCAGAAGGCAUGGAGGAAAUAUGUUGCCCGAAAGAGAUAUGUUCAGAUGCGAGAACAAGCUUCUGACCUCUUCCUCAACAAGAAAGAAAGGAGACGAAAUAGCAUCAAUAGAAAUUUUAUUGGUGACUAUAUCGGCAUGGAGGAACAUCCAGAACUUCGCCAGUUUGUGGGGAAACGAGAAAAAAUUGAUUUUGCAGACACAGUCACAAAAUAUGACAGAAGGUCUAAGGGUGUGAAACGGGAUCUUAUUUUAACCCCCAAAUCUGUUUACUUGGUCGGAAGAGAAAAGAUGAAGCAAGGUCCAGAGAAGGGUUUGAUAAAGGAGGUUUUGAAAAGGAAGAUUGAAGUAGAACGGAUCCUAUCUGUUUCUCUAAGCACAAUGCAAGAUGAUUUUUUUAUCCUUCAUGAACAAGAAUAUGAUAGUCUGCUAGAAUCAGUCUUCAAGACAGAAUACAUAAGUCUGUUAACCAAGCGCUAUGAGGAAAAGACACAAAGAAAACUACCUCUGAAGUUUAGCAAUACGCUUGACAUGAAAUUGAAGAAAGAAAACUGGGGCCCCUGGAGUGGGGGGAGUAGCUCUCGCCAAGUGCAAUUUGUUCAAGGUUUAGGAGAUUCAGUCAUUUUGAAACACAGCAAUAAAGCUCUACAGGUCAGCAUUGGACCUGGCCUACCAAAGAACUCCCGACCCACACGAAGGAAUAUUACUGAGGGAAGAAACCAAUCUAGCAGAGGUACAUCUUAUCCAAGCAGAGCUGCUCCGCCCCCACCAGGGUCUCACCAGAAUGGGGUAAUACAUCAACAACAAAAAUCAGCAAAAGCAUAUAACAACUCUAGAGGGUCCCAGCCAUCUAUGGACCACCCAACUCUACCAAGGCAAGUCACAGGAGCAGCAGCCAGGAAUCCACAACAACCACAAAGCUUGGAUUUCCUCCGUGUCCCAGACCAAGGUGUUGCAGGUGCUCGUCGACAGACUACAAACCGACCUGCUCCAGGAGGAGGGAGGCCAAAACCUCAGCCAAAACCCAAACCACAAGUACCACAGUGCAAAGCCUUAUAUGCAUAUGAUGCACAGGACACAGAUGAGCUCAGCUUCAAUGCCAAUGACAUCAUUGAAAUCAUCAAGGAAGAUGCCUCAGGCUGGUGGACAGGCAGACUGCGAGGGAAACAAGGACUCUUUCCUAACAAUUAUGUUAUGAAGAUAUAAAAUGUGUUGAAACAACUCAGCAGUAACAUUAAAAGAGGUGACCUGUGCACCCUGUCUCUUCACCACCUUCCAGUAGCUCUUCAUGGAGGGAAGUGCCUCUUCGUACAGCAUCAUAACUUGAGAAGACCAAACCAAAGCACUGCUCUGUGUACUGUCAAAGAAGCAACUUUACAGCUCAAUGCUUCAGAAACACAAAAGGGCAUCAAAGCACUGAAAUCACAUUUAUUUAUUGUAUUUAACCCUAUUCUUUGGGAGAGUGAAUGAAGUUGUGCUGGAAUACUUUUGACAGAGCAAAUAGACUUUUGAAGGGUUGUAAUAAGUGCCUUUUGUAUACUGAUGUUUUGUUAAAUUAUAUGAGAUGAGUAAUAUGCACAAUUCCUGUCUCUGUUUCCAUGAGGAUGAAGGGAACUGGUUCAUAUGCUGCUAAAAACAUCCCAGUACCUUUUUAAGUGGGUGUCUAAUAACUCAGAGGAUAGGUUGUGAUGAGUAUACAAUAUGCAGUAUGGAUUUGUGCUCCAUUACUAGUAACUGACAAACAGCAACGUACUGCAUACAUAAUAGGAUGUUGUUUCUAUGCACAGUUGCAUAGUCUUAAUAGGAAUAUGGCUGGCCCAUGUUAAUGUCUUUGUAGAAUGCUGUUACCUGCUGAUACAGGAAGCAUCUCACUAUCUUGAGCUGUACAUUUAUAAAGCAAAUCAUAUAUAUACUGUACAUGUAUAAAUCCUUGCUAAAGCCAUGUAUGAAUGUAUUAUGUAGUAUUCCACUGUACUUAUGGCAAAUUUAGGGUUAUUCUUACCAGGUACUCAGAAAAUAUGCACUUAUGACAACAUGUUUUUAAAGCUUUCCAACCUCUGCUGUUGCUUACGAUGGAAAUUAUAUUGGUGUAACCAAUUUCCUGAAUAUUCAUUUACAAAUUGCUGCCCAUUUAUUGCUUCUGAUCCGUAUUAUAGACUAUUUAAUAAACAUAUUUGUGUCUACUCUCA